AUGGCCAAGAUGGCAGCCUACGUGGUGGAGAGUGGUGAAGAUGCGUUUAGAAAAAUAUUCAAGUUUUACAAAAGAAGAAACCCUCCGCCAGAUCUCAGUGAUGUCAUUGACUUCUCCAGAAGUGCACCGGGUGACCAGGUAAUCCCGGCUAUACUGGACCCUGGUGGAGUGAGUGACGUGGAGGCUGCUAGGGUCGGAUUACAGCCUGUCAGAGACUGGAGAGCCUUUGGCCUGCAGAGCUACCCAGGGUUCAUGUUCAUCUCCAACCCAUUCCUACUGGGCUCCAAACCAUUCUGGGUCAGACAGUGUCUGAAGACCUAUCCUCAGAAGCCCAACGUCUGCAACCUGGACAUGCACAUGUCUCCCUCUGACACACAGGACAUUUGGGACAAGAGUGUUCAUGGCCUCAGUUGUCCUCACUCUAGAAAGACACAACCAAAGACUCUGCUUGACAGCCUACGCUGGGUCACUCUAGGAUAUCAUUACAACUGGAAUACCAAGACUUACUCUGCCAACCACUACACUCCUUUCCCAGCUGAUCUCCACUCGCUGUCCUUCCAAAUAACAUCGGCCUGUGGGUUCCCGGGCUUCAACGCAGAGGCUGGAAUCCUCAACUACUACCGAUCUGACUCAUCUCUGGGAAUCCAUGUUGAUGAAUCCGAACUAGAUCACAGCCGACCGCUACUGUCCUUCAGUUUUGGGAAGUCAGCUAUCUUCCUUUUGGGAGGCACCCGCAGACAGGACCCCCCCACUGCUAUGUACAUGCACAGUGGUGACGUGAUGGUGAUGUCAGGACAGAGCCGCCUCCUUUACCAUGCUGUCCCACGCAUCGUUGCAGCACCCCAGGGUCAUCCAGCAUUAGAGAUGGAAGGCUGCAGUUCGGCCUCAACCCUACACGACUGCUCUAUGGUGGAGCCGCUGUCAGAGACAGACUGGGCUGUGUGCUCCAGGUACACCCAAAGCGCCAGGGUGAAUGUGACUGUCAGACAGGUGCUGGGGCCUGGACAGAGCUUCUCAGAAACACCCACUUCUCACCAAAAGACUGAUGCAGACCAGACAGAGGGGCCCCAUGACCAACUAGCAGAUGGAGAGAGCGGGACGAGGAGGAGUAGCUGUGACUCUGAUAUUGUGGAGACAUGACACUGUUGUGACACUCACUUGGAGACAUUUGCAUCUGACAGUAGUGAUAUUUUAUUACAUGGCACCUUGCUAAGAAGCACUUCAGAUGUGCUCUUAAAACUGAGGCUGGUCCAUUCAAUCUGUUUGCUUACCUACUUACAAAAAGUACAAUAUUAUGAAGUGACUUCAGUUAGGGCUGCACAAUUAUGGCCAAAAUCAUAAUCACGAUUAUUUUUUAUCAAUAUUGAGAUCACGAUUAUUCAUUAAUUUUAGGGACAACUUCUUUUUAUUGCGCUUUCACGUUUAAAUGAACAAAAACACUGCUUCCACUUCCAUUGUUGCACUACAUUCUGGCUAAUGUACAAAUCUUUGCAUCAGACUGGUCCUUCACAGGUCCAUCACAGUGCACCUCAUAGAAGGAAAAUAUAAAUAAUAGUAUAAAACACUUUUUACCCAAAAUUAAAACAGAGCACUGCUUUCACUUCCAUGUUGUGCUACGUUCCAGCUAAUGUACACAUCUUUGCAUCAAAAUAAAACGUAUACGGUUCCUAUUCACUGACGCAAAAUAUAAAUAAAAUGUUUACCCAAAAUAAAGGGCUUGUCUUUGGGAGGCGGAUGGAUACGCUGUCGCGCUAUGCAGGGACUGGGUUCUGGUUUUCUGUGUUGACGUUGGACAUGGACGGAGGUUCAGUGAGCUAACUUUAGCUUUAGCCUUCAUGCAUUCGUCGUACUGUGGUUUGUGGUGAUGUUUCAGGUGGUUGAACACGUUAGUUGUGUUGCUAUGCGGCGCAGACACAACUCUAACGCACUCUGCACACUAUCACUUGCCCUCAAUCCAAAAACUUCCAGACAACGGAUGAUGAUCCUUUGAGUGACUAGCUCCUCGCCUUCUGCUCCUGACAUUUGAUCUUUCACACGACACCCAGUACGUAUGUUGUCUGUCUCUCCUCUUCUACUAAUACCGGAGUCGACUGCAGACACAACUUUUUUUGAGGCUGCCGCUGCAGGGUGCGCGCGCAUGACACCUCCCAUCUCGUUCUCUGUUAGUUGAGGAAGCGCUUGAUUUGAUGUGUAGCAGAGCAGCAUUUUAAACGUCAAUAUCGCGGACGAUCAUGCUCAUUUAAUUGUGGCAGCUAAAAUCGUGAUUGCGAUUUAAAAUUCGAUUAAUUGAGCAGCCCUAACUUCAGUCCAACUGAUUGUGCUUCACUGCUGAGGACCAGACUACAGAACUGAAGAUUGCUGCAUUACAGACCUGUCAGUCAGAGCACCAACAUGCAUAUGGUCACAGACUUUACACAGUUAUUGUUAACAAAGGAUUCCUCAUCAAAUAUGAUAAUUGGUACAGUAACUAGAUUUAGAACUAGUUCAUUCACAGUGUGCAGAUGUCAUUGAGAAAGCUGGGUUCUGCUGGGUUUAAAAAAGAUAAAGAUUGCUUUCUGUUAAGACAUCUUUUUAGAAUGUUCUGAUUUUCUGUUUAAAGUGUGGGUCUCCAUAAAGUUUGGGACUCCUGUAUGAUUAUUCUCCAUUACUAUCUCAGCUGCUCAUGUCUAGACAGCUGACCCUGAAUAGGAUGAGCGAAUAUCUCAAGAUGACAUUCGUAGACACGAAUGUUAGAUGGGGACGAGUUCAAGACUGGUCACAGACUUCAUGUGCAUUACUCUAUAGGUGUAUAUCUAUAAGCCAGUGCUCACAGACAGUUCUUUGAGCAGACUUGGAUGUGAUUUCAACCCUGCUCCUUCUUGCAAGAAUAAAUGUCCUGAUUGUGGAUUUUACUCGGUGUCGAGUGGCAAUUUUUCUAACGCUUUCUGUAGAGGAAUGUCUAAAUUCAUGCAUUAUCAGUUUGAUAUAUUACGGCUGCUAAAAUAAGUUAAAUGAGUAUAAAGAUGGAAAGAAGUAAAGCUUUAUUUAUAAUAGCUCUUUUUACAGCACACAGACAGAAUAGCUGAAUGAAGUAAACAUAGAUUGGAAUAUAAAACCUGACAGUAAGAACCAGACCAAAGUGGAACAGACAAUAACAUGACAGGGAUGAGAUGUAUAAGGCUUGCCUAUAAAGAUGGGUUUAGUUUCAGCAACGCUCAUAAGAGUAUGAUAGAUGUGACUGGGCAAGAUGAUUCCAGAGGGUUGGUGCUAAAACAGCAAAGGGCCGAUCACCCAUCAUCUUCACGGGUGGAUACAAGGCUGAGAUGUGAAGAUCUGAGUGGUCAUGAGUAAAAUGAUGGACGAGGAGAUCAGAAAUGUAACUGGGGGCAAGGUCAUGCAAAGCCUUUUGUGUAAUCAACAGGAUAAUGUUCUUAUUCUCAAUCCUACAUGCCAAUGGAGAGAUGUGGGGCUGACACACCAUUAUGAAUUCCACUGCUUUUUUUGGCAAGUCCCACCCUGUGUAGCUUCCACCGUUAGGAUUGGCCAGGCGUCCAUGCUGGCUGAGGUACCGGUGACUUGAUGUGUUCAGGUUUUAUGCCCUGACCAAUGAGCUCUCCUGACCCCAACUACUCGAGGUCAAUGCCUGACCUUACGUGUUGCUUCCUCAUCCAGCUACGCAGAGCAAGUCUUGCCAAGAAAUGUGGUGGGAUUCAUGAUUAUGUGGGUCAGACGGCUGUAGUUAAUAACCCUGGCAGCUGCAAUUUGAACCAGUUGUGAGCGAUUUAGAGCAGUUUGACUAAGGCACAUGUAGAGAGAAUGAAUCUCUAUAUCUAAAAUAAUCUAGACGUAGUAGUAACAGAUUGUUUUCUGUUAAGUAAGAUUUGAAGUUAAGAGCAUGGGUGGAAAAGUUGACAUGGGUUAACCUGGACAGUAGGAUUUGGUGAUCUACAGUGUCGAAAGCUCUCGAGAUCUAAAAGAUAGCACUGACACAUGCAUUCCUGUCCAACAGACCCUUGAUCUUUUCAAUGAGGACACAGAGGGCUGUCUCAGUCGAGUGGUGGGCACGAAAAUCAAACUUCAUAGGAUGCAACAGGGGAUGGUCUUU